AUGUCAUUUGAACAAGCCAGUACUUCACCAUCUAAUAAUAGUAAGAAUAAUAAUGAGCAACCACAAUUAAAUAAAUCAAGUAGUACAAUAUUAUCGACAUCAACAUCCACACUAUCUAGCAUUAAAAAUAAAGAUAUAGCUUUAGCAUCGAUACCAAUCCCAAAGCAACAACCACCAAAAGAUAGUAAUAGUAAUAAUACUACAACUACAACUACAACGUCAUCAUCAAAAGAUAGAUCGACUAAAGGUGUAAUGAAUAAUGAAAAAGAUAUAAAUCGUCAAAAAAGUGAUAAAAUCAAAGAACGUUCAAGAGAAACAUCCAGAGAGCGUUCUCGUGAUAGAUCAAGAGAUAGAUCAAGGGAUAGAGACAGAGAGCGUUCAAGAUCGAGGGAUAGAUCAAGAGAUAGAAAGGAUAAAGAUAAAUAUAAAGAUAGCUCAAAACAAUCAAAGCAACAACCACCAAUACCUUCUUUACCACCAUCAUUAACAUCAUCAUCUUCCUCAGUUUCAAACACCACCUCUACUGGUAAUAAUCCAUUAAAAUCAAGUAAAGAAUUAGAAAAGACUUCGUCGUCAUCAUCAACAACAAGCACACCAACUUUGCAAACAAGUCCAUCAAAUCUUUCAUUAUCAUCAAGCUCUCUAUAUUUACCAUCGAUAGGUGGUGAUAAUAUAAAUAAAUCACCACCAAAUGGGGAUAAACCGGCAAAAGAUAAAAGACCAAAGGACGACUAUAGAGAUCGUUCAAGAGAUCGUUCAAGAGAUCGUUCACGUGAUCGUUCAAGACAAAUGGACCGAGAUAGAGAAAGAGAUAGAGGUGGACGAGACCGAGAUAGAGAAAGAGAUCGUUCAAGAGAUAGACAAAGAGACCGUUCAAGAGAUCGUUCGCGUGAUCGUUAUUAUAGGGAAAGAGAUAGGGAUAGAGAUAGAGAGCGUGAUAGAGCAUUAGAUAGGGAUAGAGAGCGUGAUAGAGACAGGGAACGUGAUAGAGAUAGAGAUCGAGGAUUAGACAGAGAACGUGACAGAGAUAGGGAACGUGAUAGAGAUAGAUUAUUAGAUAGAGACCGUGAUAGGGAUAGAGACCGUUCAAGAUCAAGAGAAAGAGAACGUGAUAGAGAACGUGAUAGAGAUAGGGACCGUGAUAGGGACCGUGAUAGAGACCGUGACAGGGACCGUGACAGAGAUAGAGAAAGAAGAAGGGAUAGAGACCGUUCAAGAUCAAGAGACAGAGACAGAGAUCGUUCAAGGUCUAGAGAAAGAGAUAGAGAUAGAGAUAGAAAAGAUAGAAAUAAAAUUUCAUCAAGUAGUUCAUAUAUACCGACUUCAACAACUAGCACAACAACAGCGACAACAUCAACAACAACUACACCAAUUCCAACUUCAACUUCAACUUCAACUACAGGUACAACUAAAAACUUACCUUCACCAAUUUUAUCACCCAAUACUACACCCAAAGAUGAUAGAUCAAGCCCAACACUAUUAAAAAAACAAAACAGUAUACCAUCAACAAUAAAAGAUAAAGAUAAUAAAGAAAAAGAGGGUAAAGAUAAAGAUAGCAAAGAUAAAGAAAAAUCAAAUGUUAAACAGCCAAUCAAAAAAGAAUUAACAACUCCAACAACAAUAAAUAAAAAUGUAAAUAAUAAAAAACCAACAACAGGGACAACAAUACCAACAAAUAAAAAAUCAACCAUUUUAAAUAAUACAAUUAAAAAAGCGCCAUCAAAUAAGGUUGAAGAAAGUGAUACAGAUGACUCUGAUGACAGUGAAAGUUAUGAUAGUGAAAUGGAAAGUGAUGAUAGUGAUUCAAAUUCAGAAAGCUCUGACGAAAGUGAUUCAGAUGAAAUGGAAACUGAUGACACCAAUACUGAUGAUAAUACAAGUACAAGUAGCGAAAAAGUGGUACCAAUUAAAAAGCAUGUUGGAAGAGGUAGACCCCUAGGAUCAACUAAUAAAGCCAAAUUAGCAGCACAACAAGCCUCUUCAAAAAUUAGCAAGCCACAGGCAAAAGCAACGCCAUCGACUAGAUCUGGGAAAAAUACCGUUUCGCCUGUAAAAAAACAAUCCACUAAAAAAGAUGUAAAAUCAAAAAAUUCAACAGAUAAAUCAGAAAAGCAAGAUAAAGAUACAAGCGAUACAAAACCAACCAAUAUUGAAGUCAAUGAAAAAUCAGUAAAAUUAGAAAAAAUUGAUAAAAAUGAAAUACAGAAGCAAUCUGAUAAAUCAGCAAGCGGUAGUACAAUAACAUCAACUUCAUCAACACCAAUAACAUCAGCCUCAUCAUCAACUAAUGGCUCACCAACCUCUGCAACUACAACCACUCCAAAUACUCAAUCAUCACAAGAACCAACUACAACAGCCACUCCAAGUACACCAAUACCACCACCGACCACCAAACUCUCAAAAGCAAAUUUAAAAAAGCAAAAACAAAAAGAAAGAAAAGAACAAAGAGAAAGAGAAAAGCUUGAAAGACAAUUACAAAAACAACAAGAGCAAGAGAUGGAAGAGCAAGAUAGUCAAGAUGGUGAUAUUGUGAUGCAGGAUGCAGCAUCAUUAGGAAGCGAAGAAUAUAAUUUGUCAGAUAUAGAAAACAAAACAUUUGAGGAUGAAAUGGUUCAUGAAAUUUAUCAAGAUCUAUUUGAAGAAGUUUUAAUGGAUAUUGUAUUUGAAGUUCAUCGUAAUUUACAGAUUUCAAAAUUAAAUAAUGAUGACUAUCCAGCUAAAGCAGAACCAGAGAUCAUAAGAAAACCAGGUUUAGAUAUAUUUGGGCAACUAUCAAAAAAUCAAACAGAUACAUUUGAGUGUAUCAAGUGUAACUGUCCAGUUAUUUCCUCAAGAUAUGCUCCACAUUUAGAAAAGUGUAUGGGCGCCGGUAGAACAAUAAGAUCAGCAAGAAAACAAAAUGAAUUUUUAUUUAAUAACAGUAAACAACAACAUCAGCAACAGCAAUCUUCAACUUCAAACAGUAUUAACGAUAACUCUGAUAAUGAAGAAGAUUCAGAUGAUGAUUAUGAACCAUCAUCAAAGAAAAAAUCAUCAAAAAGAAAAAAUAAAACCAAUAGUAAUAAUAAUGCACUCUCUUUAGAAGAUAUUAAAUCACUACCCAAUGAAAAAAUGGUCUCACUAUUUAGCAAAUUUUGUGGCGUUAUUUCAAACAAUACAGGUAAAAUGUGCACAAAAACUUUAAAGUGUCCACAACACACCGACCAACAAAGAGAAAAAAUUAGACAACUACUAAAACUUAAUCCCCCCACUUCACCAAUUAAUCCAUUAUCAACCACCAAUGGGGUGUCAUCAUCACCAAAUAAAAGAACUAAAAGACUACAACAACAAUUACAUACUGACUCUGAAGAUGUUGACCAAUCACCAAGCCAAUUUGUAGAUAUAGAAGGUGACGAGCUAAAUGAAAGACAAAAUAAAAAGAAUAAAGUUACAUAA